AUGCUUUCUUUAUAUCAUCUCGCAACGACUUUGUUAACCCUCGGACAGCUGGCCAACGCAACCUUAUUGACAAGAGAACAAAGAGCCCGUUGCGAUUCCCAGCCCGGCGCGGAUAUAUUGGCUCUGCACGAGCAGCUGGCAAAGGGCGAGCAACACUUGACUCGCCGCGAUGCCGGUGAACUGAUUUCGUUGGAUGCUUGGGUUCACGUUGUUACUACCACUUACGCCAGAAACGGCAGCUGGCCUACUAAGGAGCAAAUUGCCGAAGAGAUGAAGCUCCUCAACAACGCAUAUGCACCAAGUAAUCUCACCUUCAACCUCGUUAACACGACCUGGACCAAGAACACCACAUGGGCCAUGUAUCCGAAACUCUACGAAAAGGAUCUCAAGACCAAGUUGCACCGUGGCACCUCGCGCACGUUGAAUCUCUACUACGUGCCCGGCCUGCGGACCGGGGGUGUCUGCAGAUUCCCCAACAUGAACGCCUUCGAAGGCGAGGCGCUGGCUAUGGAUGGCUGCAUGGUUGGCUCCCAAUCCCUGCCCGGCGGCGCACGCGCAACCGGGGGUCGCACCACUGUCCACGAGGUUGGGCACUGGUUUGGUCUGUUGCACACCUUCCAGGGCGGCUGUAACGAGAACGGUGGGGACUUCAUCGCCGACACUCCCGCCGAAGCUUCUCCCGCCAACGAUUCUCCCGACUGGGCAAAGUGCCCAGUAGGCCGUGAUACCUGUCCCGACUUGCCCGGUCUCGAUCCAAUUGACAAUCACAUGGACUACACCUAUUACAAAUGCCGCAACCGUUUUACACCUGGCCAGACAGCCCGCAUGAGAGGACUCCUCUCCUUGGUCCGCCUAGGCAGCUUGAAUAAGCGCGAGAUUGACUAG